AUGGCAUCGCAAUCAGGCAUGGUCAACCCGGCCGUCUUCCAGGACCUUCAAGCGCGCAUAGACGAGGACUCCGCGGUUCGAGAUGAGCUGCGCGACAUCAUCCAGGCGCUUGAGAAACACAAUCGCAAUGUCUCCUUCGUGCUGUCAAGAGCCCAUUCCACGCCUGUCAGCGAGUUGUCAGAGAUCUUGAAAGCUGCCCAAGAGCCCAUUGGCAAUGUCAUUGACACUGUUUCCAAGCUGUCGCAAGCUGCGUCCAAGAUGCCUUACUACAAGUUCAACAACAUGUGGAGCCGACAGAUGCAAGGCGCAUGCGAGAGCAUUCUCUUCUGGGGCUGGCUUGGCGGCUACAAGUAUGAGGGCGGUGCGGUACAAUGUGGGCGACUCUUAACCAUUGAGGAGCUCGGUGAAAUCUUCAAGAUCCCAGUCAACCUCAAGGAGCGCGAUGAGUUCCACCUCUCACUUGAGGAGUAUCUGCAUGCCCUUAUGACGCUUGUCGAAGAGCUUACCCGCCUUGCCCGCAAUGCUGUCACUCUGGGCGAUUACGAGCGCCCGCUGCUCAUCAAUCAGUUCGUCAAGGAUCUGCAUGCUGGAUUCCAGAUCCUCAACCUCAAGAAUGACAGCCUACGCCGCCGCAGUGAUGGCCUCAAAUAUCGUGUCAAGGAUGUGGAGGACGUGGUGUAUGAUCUUUCAUUGAGAAACUUGGUUCCGAAAAAGGGAGAGCAGUAG